CGCAGUAAAGGGCCGUGUCUUGGCGAGAUCUCUCUUUGCUUUGCUUUGGUCCACCUGCAUCGUAGUUUAUCGUUUCGUUUUUGUUUGAUAUCGACGCAUUGGAAUCCUAUUCGCUAACGUUGGGAUCGGUCGUCAUGAUGCGCAGCGGCGCCAAGGAAGCAAGGCAUGCGCGACCCCAGGGUUAUCAUGUCUUGACGCUCUUCCUGGCCAUCCUUUUGCCUUCUCUCGUUCGUGCUGGUGGCGGAGGAGGAGGACCUCCCCCGACCAAAACAACCAUCAAAUGUUAUGGAUAUUACGAUUUCCGUACUGUUAAUUGUCCAGCUCCCUAUUGUGGAGGUUACUCGGUAGCACGGCCCCGCAUGACGCUGAAUGAUGGUCAGCCAUGGGAAUGUACAAAUUCUUUGGGAAAAUAUUAUUGGGCAACGGAAGAUGUUGGAUGCCGGAGAUGUAAUUGCGCUACUGCUACUACUACAGGAGUUCCUUGCGCUGGUUCGGUUUGCAAUGGGGGAAGACGUACUGAUGCUGUAGGAGGCUUUGAUGCUGCAUGCUCCAUAACGACGCAACGCCCAAUUGUCACCUGCACGCCAGUGGUAUCGCUUACGAAUGGAAAUAAUUUUGAGGAAUCCAACCCGGAUCUCUUUGGAUUCAAGACUGCGACCGUGUAUGGGUGUUCAGGAACAGUCAACAGUAACGCGUGCAAUACUGCGGGAACAUGUACCUGCAAGUUCCCUUGGACUUAUGGACCUGCUUGGCGAUGUGCUGCUUAUAUCGCACCAGGCAUCAGUUUGCUGGCUCCUUUCUCUGCCCAGCUACCUGUUGGCUCUCUGUCUGUGGCGUGGAUUGAUCCAUGGCGUCCGCAACUGUCUUUAAGUUGGUACGAAUAUGUUUUUGGCGGAUACAGCAAUAUUAUAUUCGAUGGUGGAUCACCACCCGCGUCUACCACCCAAUGGCCGGUUCUCUCGCGUACAUUUAAGUUUGUCAAAAUAUCAACCGGACAAGAGUACAUAUUCACAAACAGCCCGCCUUCAAAUGUACAAUGCCCGACACGCGUUGCUCGUGCCUUUUGGUGGACCUGCAACUUUGCCAACUGGGAACCCGUCGGUUUAUGGGCUCAGAUUAACGCUGCGACGCCGCAACCAAGCGUAAUAUCAAUGGCAUUGUAUGUUGGAAUGACCUCUUCGGUUGGGAAAUCCACCUGGCAAUCAGUAGGAACAUUUGAUUUUGUGCCCCCAGAUCCUUAUCAAUGGUUAUUGACGCAUGACAAACCAUCUGUUAAUUACGGAUCGCCUUUGUUCAUAGAUGAUCGGCUUUCUUUGGGAACUGCCGCCACAGCGUUAAACCUGUUGUCUGUAUCAACAACCAAGACCUGGACAGUUCCCCAAGAUCGGAAUACCGCCAAACUGUCAUACUCCCUUUCCUGUGUUCCGCAGCCUGUCAACCGUCCUGCACCUUCUGAUCCGGAGUUCGCUGGAAGUGACGCAGCUCCUAUGAUCUUGGAAGUUGAUAUGCUGGGAUUCAUCAAUCCACUUCGUACAAACUUUUCUUUGCUUCCGAAUGUGUCGGAGGCGUCGUGUGUUGUCAGCGGGAUAGCACUCAACCUCAAGGGAUUGAGUCCUGAUAAUGUGUUUGGAGGAUCAACCCCAAGCAACGAUCUGUACAUCGCGUUGCUCAAGGUUGGACCAGUAGUAAUUGACGCACUGCGGGAUGCACAAGGCGACCUUCCUUUAGAUAGUUUCGGGAUUAAUAAUACAAACCGAUUCUAUUGGACAAAAUCGGACUCCCUUUAUGCAUCAUGGCAUUUGGCAUUUCAAGGAAAUAGUAAAGUAAUGAAGUUCAUGCAAGAUAAAACCUCAAAGUUUCGGGGUAUUGGAAAUGAUGCUACCGGUAUAGUUCAACAUACCGUUAAAGAGGCUCUGUAUAUUGAUGCUACUUCGCAACAACCUCUCCUGGAUUACAUAAUUCUACCGCCAAAUGCCGGCACAUUGCCGCUGACUACUUUGAGGGGCUGUAAUAGCUCCUUGGGCACUCUCUUCCCAGGCUUAAAUGGAGCACCGGCUUGCACUAUUUCAACAAAGAUCCUGCCGGGAAAUACCGAGGAAUUCACCUUUAGCGACAGUAAUGUGUUGACAGCACUUUCCGAGUGCCGGGAUGUUGGCACAUUAUAUCAAUGCGUCGAUUGCUUUCACUGCGUUUUCCGGUCAACUGUCACUGCGUUUGAUGCUGCUGCUAAUUCCGUUUGGCAAGAAUCUUACGGUGUGUAUUACGACGGGACGGACCCCAACAUUGCGUCAAUGAUAUUCCCGUCCAAGAAAGCGUACUUGGGCAUGUACUGGUACGGUGACCUUAAGGACAUGAAGAUUGACACCAGAAUAUACGAGCCGGAGUCAGCCUUGUCAAGCAUCGCACUGAACAUUGGUGUAGCGGAUUUCGUGGCUCGAGACAGUCAGAUUGCAAAUUUUUACGGCACAUAUCCAAUCCUUCAGCGUUUGAACAAGACAGAUGGAUCGCUGCUUGCCAUAGCGGAUGGAUGGUCCGGGUUUUCCUUGCAUGAACAGAUAUAUAAUGUAGAAAUUGCGGUCCGCAACAUUCCCGGUUUUUCCACCUCCAAGUCCGCACGGGUCAUUCCGGACGCAACCCCGCCAAGAGUUGGUUCUGUCAAGGCGCAGCAACUCAUAUAUAAUCCCGAAAGUGCUGAUCCACUGAAGAUAUCGGCAGUGGGAUUUGUUGACACUGAGAGUGGUGUGAGAGAUUAUUAUGUGGCCUAUAAGGUUGACACCAAUCUUCACUGCGCAAAGAAGAACUUUGUCUGGCCGCCGGAAUCUGGGAGUGGUUGGCAGCUUGUUCCUGAUGCAGCGGUUGACAGAUAUGACGAUAUGGGUGCGAAACCCAGUCAGACCUUUAACAUCACGUUGGGCCAAAAUCAAACGCAAUCAGGAAUGCUGUAUGUAGCAGUUGCUGCAGUCAAUCAUGCGAUUUCACCGUACGGAGCAGUUCAGAAGAGUGCAACAGUGACGUGCGGCUGGCCUAUUGUGUUGGAUAAUGGAGUGCCCACUGUGUACGUGAAAAGUCUUAUCGUUGACAAUGACAUGACCUUCAGUACCGAGGAAAAUAGAUGGAUGGUCAACCGUGUAGUCAAUCUUACCUGGGCCGCUUUACAUAUUCCUGGCGUUUCAUAUUACAAUGUCAGCUUGGCGGUUGACUCGGUCCAUAUUGCUGACUAUUCAGGAAUACGAUACGACUCGGAUACCAUCCUUUUCCAAUCCCCGGCGGCUAUACCUGUGGACUCUAAUUUCACGGUGGCGAUCACAGCUGUCAACUACGCUGGGAUGGUUGUCGGUCCAAAGAUUGUGUCGAUCAUUGUUACAACUCCUGAACCUGAUCUCAGUACUUGUGCCUCGGCGGUUAUUGUAUCGCCUAAUGACCCGUCGCCCGGAGUUGGAACAAUAAAAGUCGACUGGACACGUUGUGUGUCCCCUACCGAAGACGUGGAUCACUGGAAUUAUUAUGUUUUACCCGUUGGUUCUGAGAUUAAUAGCACGCUAACCGGUACCACUGUAUCGGCAAAUAUUACUGAAAUUACGGUUCCGGUCCAGCACGGUCCUCAUUCGAUGGUUAAAGUAUGCAUUGCGGGUUAUCAGCUCGAUGGAAAUGUCACCAGCGCUUUUUGUAGUUCACCAGCAGUUGUGGACACUACGCCGCCGAUCCCGUCUGGAAGUGUGCGAGACUUGCAUCCGGUGUUCGGUGUGCCUGUUCAGACUUCAGUGAACGCAACAGCGCUACGUUUUGGAUGGGAUGCCUGGAUAGACGCCGAGACUAUUCUCUCCAAUUACACUCUCACCCUCGUAUGCAACAAUAACACGAUUGGAGAGCCCGUCACACUGCCUGCAAAUCAGCAGGAGUAUACGUUCAUGACGAACCAGACCGACACUUUCCUUAACUAUACAGGUGUCGUACUUCGGCCGGGGGAUUUUUGCUAUGGGAAAGUGUAUGCGACCAAUGUGGCAGGGCUAUCCAGUGAGCCUGUCAGGUCACCAGGAGUGAAAAUCGUCAACAUUGAGGUCACCGAGCAACCAGGUUUGAAAGUUCUAGAUGGAGUUUCGGUUAGCACGAACGCUGCUACACUCCACUUCUUUCCUGCGCUCCCGGAUGCAACUUUCCAUGUAAUGUGGAACGGCUUCAGAUCCUACGCAGAUUUGCACAAUCUUACCUACGAAGUGAGAAUCACUAAUCCGACAAAUCCAUCUUCAGUCAAUACAUACGCGUUUGAAAAAACAUUGGACGCCGUCCUUCCGUUACCGAGCAGUGCCGGCGCAUACUUGCUCAAUCUUAAUCUGGUAGACUCAGGGACGGUGAUAUCGACUGUUACCUCGAAUGAGGAAAUUGUGGUACUUUCGGAAGGGCCCGUCAGAACUCCUCCGCUCACCCCAACCAAUAACUAUUGCGAAAUCCAUUUGAAUGAGAAAGACGGCAACAGAAGCCUUGGCGACUCGUUGCUUAAGGCAUAUUGGCCCCCAUUUGAGGAUCCGUUCGGUAUUAUCCAGUAUCUGCAAGUCGCCUUUAGACAAAAGAACCACCCAACGUUUUUUUCUGAAUGGACGGAUGCUCGGGCGAAUGCAACCGACACUGAGUUUGUGGGAACGGUUAGUUGGCCGUACGGGGUACCCGAGGUAUUGUGGUCGCAAGACAUGGAAUGCGUUGUGGAAGCUGUCGAUUUACUCGGCAACCGCACGCAAUUUAUCAUGCCCGGUUGGCUAUCUGAAUAUCCGUGGUUUCAACCUACAGCCGUUGAUGUAUCGAGUUGGACGGUUAUCGGGAAGCCCAAGGGUGGGGACGACUAUAGUUUCUUUGAGGAUGUCUCGGUAACGCCAAAUAGCAGCUAUGCCAUCGGAUGGGCUGGGUUCCCUGCAUUUGCUGCUGGUGGAGAGACGCUGGCAACCCUUUCGUACAGUGUGGGCGACAAUGCAAGUGCCCAAGCACCCAACUACUUUGACAACAUAAUUCCGACGACGCAGGUUGAUAUCGCCAAUGCAAUGAUAAUACUCUACAGCACGAAGGUGCUGGAUAAUCCGAUCCCGUUUUACGUUUUCCAAAUUCCGAAUUUUGUUCUUCCGACAUAUCACACAGUAUACGCAUGCGUUACGGUCACUCAACUUGCAUCAGGGAAUUCCACUGUUGCUUGCACUGAUGGUAUUAUGUACAGUCCUACCCCGCCGGUGCAAGGAACAGUUUCACUGAAUAAUGCACACGGGUUUGUGACCUCUUCCACAUCGUUGACGAUAUCGUGGGGUGGAUUCUAUGUCAAUGGAUGGCCCAACACGGAUGAUAAAGGAAUUGCCUAUUUUGCUUGGGGCGUUGGAAGUUACCCCGGUUGGGAUGAUGUUGUGUCGACUCGUCAGGCGUCAAGCUUGCAACAAAUUGGAAUGGCACUUGGAUUGAAUCUCCUUAACGGCGAGACCUUGUACGCCACGGUUACUGCUUACAGCCACGCUGGUCUGGGUACCACAUCCAUAUCGCCGGCAGUCAUUGUUGACUAUACCGGUCCAGUUUCGGACGCAGGAAUUACCUCCAUAAGCGUUGUCCGUAACACAGAUGGAUCCUAUAAUGUGCGAGCUAUGUGGGAUACUUUUGACGACUUGGAAAGUUCAGUCGUAUCUGUAGGAUGGAUAAUCGAAACGGAAUAUGGGCUGCAGGAUGUAGUGCCGUUGACUCCCACCGAUACACCCAUAUUCGCGACCGGCAAAUCGCUUACAUUGUCGUCUGGCGUUGAGUACAUUGCUCGGGUAGUUGCCACAAAUGGAGCGGGUUUGACCCAAGAAGUGACACGCUCCUUUGAAGUCGACAACAUUGUUCGAAUCGUGUAUGUAGCCAGCGACGGGCCGGAAGGCGCAUGGAGUCCUUACACUGGAUUAGCAUCAAAGUAUUCCUUUUCUUGGGAAGUUACUGGUCAUCCAUCGUACUUCCUUGUUGCCGUAGGGACCAGGGCAAAGCAGCACGAUGUUGAAGGAUGGGUACGACUCAGUGGCUCCGCAAGGCAAUUCGACCUGGAUUUGAGUGAUACAAGCUUCACAGAUGGAGAGACGCUCUAUGGUACAGUUUACGCUUUCGAUGCGAAUGGAGUGUUGGCGGAUCAAGCGACAACGUCCGGCAAGAUCAUAGACUCCAGUCCACCUGCCAUUGGAAAGGUGGUGCAUGGUGCAAUCCCUUACAUACAUCAGCCUUUUGUGGACUCUGUCGAUCAUAUCACAGCAUCUUGGUCCGGGUUCACGGAUGCGGAUAGUGGAAUCGCUCUUUACGAAGUUUGCGUGGAUUCAUCUCCAGUUGCAAAUGGAACUCUACCGUGCAGCAACCUUGAUUGGAAGCCCGUGAAUGACAGAAUUUCCCAGAUGCAUUUGGUUAUGGAACAUCUCAUGACGAUAGGUUCCACAUACUAUGUCAAGGUGAAAGCGACCAAUGGCGCCGGAUUGUUCACAGUUGGGGUGUCACCUCCUAUUCUGAUAGAUGCUGGUGUACCAUCAGGAGGCAGUGUUACCGUUGGCUUUCCGUCGCAGGAUAGUAAUUUUACGUUGAUGACAUCGCAUUCUGAUCAGCUUUAUUAUCUGGACAGAACAGUUAUUCAGAUUACUUGGGACUUCUCCACGGCCCCAAUAUCAGGAAUUGCAAACUAUGAUGUCGGACUUUAUGAAAAGUAUACCAGCAUGCGCAUGACACCUCCGACGACAGUUCCAGGUGGAAUAAAUUCCUGGACCUUUACUGCCGCAACAGGGGAUUUCACUCUGGAAGAGGGUCGUGAAUAUGUGGCAGUGGUGCUAGCAACCAGUGGCUCUCGUGUUGUGGGCGAAGUCAAGUCAAGGUCUUUCAUGGUUGAUUCAACAGCGCCCCCGGCAGGAGCCGUUGAUGUUACUUUCUUGGGCGCUGUGCCUAGGGCUAGCUCUACCAGUGCAGCUACGUUCGGCGUCAGCAGUUCUGGAGUCGCCUCAAGCAUCUCUUCCGGUAUUAGCAAUUCCGGAGUCGCAUCUAGCAUCUCUUCCGGCAUUAGCAGUUCCGGAGUCGCAUCAAGCAUCUCUUCUGGCAUUAGCAAUUCCGGAUUUGCAUCAAGCAUCUCUUCCGGCGUCAGCAGUUCCGGAGCUGCAUCAAGCAUCUCUUCCGGCGUCGGCAAUUCCGAAGCCAGCUCAAGUAUCUCGUCCGAUAACAUCAGUGUAACUGAAUCUGACUCGAAUGGUACCCCCUCCCCUACAAUUCCGACGAGCUCCCAAUCAGGUAGCGACUCGGCGGCGAUGACCGAUUAUCAAUCCAGCUCUACCAUUUCGCCUUUGAGCACCCCAAGCAUACUACCUGAUCUUACCAAUUUCCGCGUAAAUUUCCAAGGAUUCUCAGAUGCCGCAUCUGGGGUUGUCCUGUACAGAGUGGAUGUCGGACUUCAUCCUUACGGCGCGCAAGUCGCAACCGUGGAAGUGAACGACACUUGUGAGACUUGUUCUGCAAUUUUCUCCGCAGAAUUACGCAACAGGGCAAUGUAUUUUGCAACAGUUUACGCACGGGACGCUGCCGGGUUGUGGUCUCGUCCAGCUACGAACGGCCGUGUGUAUAGCGCAAAUGGUGAUGUUUUGGUACAAACCACGACCAAUCCACCCUUUCAAUGGACCAUUGACGCCGCGUUGCCGACCGUGCUCGACUUUGUUGCCCAAAAUGGUUCUGCAAUCACGCUCACAGGCCGAGGUCUGAAUAACUUUAUAAUUUCAGGAGAUGGCGCUAUACAGCCGAAUUUCACUUGCCUUUAUACCCUUGACGCGGCGACAGAUUCGACAUCUAUAUCAACGUCACUCUCUCUGAGCGACCGCGCCGAAGCUCAAAUAUUGUGUCAAGUACCAGAUCUUGGGUUGGGAAAUGUCACUACCUGGGUGAACUUGACAGUGGUUCCUACGGACGCGGUGUACGGCACGUCUUCAAUGAUCUGGCUGCAGCAUAUGCGGCGGCCCGUUGAAAGCACAUCCUGGAGAACAAAUAGUACACCUACGAUCGGUUUGGCUUCCAGCGAUCCCGCUUACCGUCUCACACCAUGGACCUGGGCGAUAACAUGGCCGAAUGAUUUCACGGAUGCCGCCUAUUAUCAGAUUGAAAGCUUCAACAACGUGUUUGCUGUUACAUCUGGUCGCUCAACCUCUGCCCUUUUUACGAUUGAUGCCUUGAGUACAUUAGCUGUGUUUGCACAAGCAGGUCCCUUCCAGUGGACAGUAUGUGCGUUCUUCUACGGUGACCGGACUGAAAGUGUGACUCGACGUGACUGUAUUCAAUCAACCCCAGUUCAUGUGGAUCUCACCAUGCUCCAAAUCAACCCACUUGUGAACGCCGGAUACGAUAGUGCUAUUCCCACUGCGGUUCGAAUAGUAGGCUAUGGAUCCGACGUUGGGUUUGAGUAUGAGACGGUUCAAUUUCAAGAUAAUACCACCCGUAUCACCGCAAACUGGACAGACUCCUUCAUCUUCCCUCCAACAAGUGCAAAGCAAGUGGCGCGGUUUGAUAUCUUUGCAGGCUACAAACCUUACGAAACAGCAAGUCAGAUGUUCAUUGUAGGCUCCGCACCUACGCUGACAAACGUCUCGUUUGAUGCGGCACUCGUACCAGGUGUGCCAUAUUAUGUAACGGUUGUAGCAUGGGAUAACACUGGGCUUCCGAGUAUACAUACUUCCGCGCCAUUGACUUGCGACAUAACGCCCCCAACUGUUGGUACGAUCUAUGAUGGGAGUUUGACAUCUGUUUCUACCACGGCAUAUCAAGCGAUUACCACAGAAUUGCAAGCUUAUUGGCGUGGAUUCGUUGACUCUGAGACCGUACUAAAACAAUACGAGUACCAAAUUUGUUUGGACAAUAGUACUUGCGUCGGAGCUCCACGAUCGGCGGGGAUGCACACCAGAGCGAAGGUGACAGAUCUUCAGCUAGAGCAUGGGCAGCAUUACCAUUUCCGCUUGAAGGCGCAGAAUGCCGCUGGUCAUUGGACGAGCACCGUCUUCUCACGGGGAGUGACGAUCGACACGACUCCACCCGUAGUUCAAAGUGUUCGAUUUGGAAAUGGUGGACCCGUAGCAAUUGCAAACGAUCCAACCUUCGCCCUGAAUUGGCAUUUUACGGACCCCGAAUCACCUAUCGUUGAAUAUGAAGUACAAAUCGGAACAACGAACGGAGGACCUCAAAUCCUUCCUUUGACGUCCCUCUCCACCCAAACUUCGCUUCCACUCUCUGGGCUACACCUUGAGCAUGGAACGUACUUGUAUGCAUCUGUGAUAGCGAAGAAUGCUGCUGGGUUGACCACAGUCGCACAUAGCUCCCCUGUUAUGAUUGACUUGACUCCGCCAAAAGUUGUGGGAACGAUAGUGGCUUUCAAUGACAUGAACUUCGUGCAAGGAGUUGGAAGCGUGGAAGUUGUGGCCACUUGGGAUAACGUUUUUGUGGAUGGGCAUUCUGCAAUUGUUGAAUAUCAGUAUGCGGUUGGGAAAGUCGGACAACCCACAUAUUUCAUGAAUUUCACCAGCGUCAACACAAAUGUGUCGAUUCCAUCUGGCACGCUGAUCACGGUGGGCGAUGGUGACCGAGUGACUGUUUCCGUCAAAGCUGUUAAUCAAGCUGGUUUAUCCAUCAUGGCGACAUCCGCGGCGGUUGGGUUCACGAACAGCCCACCAUCCUCGUUCACCAUCCAACUGUUGGACCCUAGUUUGCGAACGCUGACUACAUACUACGACGGAGUCUAUUACAUUCGUUCGGCGGCAGAUCUCUACAUAAGACUUGUAGGACUAAGUGAUCUUACAAGUGGAAUCGCAUAUCUGGAGAUGCAAUUGAACAAACUUGGAGAUACGACGCCCGUGUUUGAUUGGACACGGUUCAACGCUAGUAACGAAGUGAAAUUGAAUGCACCUGUGGUGGAAAUUGGUGUACCACUCAGCGUUUCGGUGAGGGCUACUAAUCGAGUGGGAUUGACAGCCAACGCACAAAGCGAUUUGUUUAUCGUAACGCCUGGACCUCCAGACCCUGCAACGGUGCAGUUGUCGUGGAACCUGGACACAACCCCGUAUAGCAUUGCAACACUUAUUACCGGUCCGCAAAUUUCCAACGCAACUGGACCGCUUACCUAUACGCUAGGAGUUUUCUCCAGUCGGACUAUUUCGGCAUUUAAUGUCUACCCACGGUCAACGAUAACAGUUCCCGGCAACGGAAGCAGCCUCUCGAUUGACAUCCCACUCCCUGCUGGCAUAUCAGCUUACCGAACUAAUUUUACAGCUGUUCUUGAGGCAACAAACCUGGUUGGAGAUAGCAGGACGGUUGUAACACUUUUGGAAGGACUUGCCGGGCCAAUUUGAACUGGGAAGAGUAUGAUAGAUUUUGUAUAUAUACGUGGGGAACAGACCGGCAACUACAGACGGUCCGCGUGGAGGGCAGACGCGACGGAAGGUUCCUCUGUGCGAAAGCUCGGUUGCACCUGUAUUGUAAACUUAAAAAUGCCUCCACAAUAAAUAUGUUUAUAUCAGAA